GAGUGCAUGCUCGUAACGUGAAAACCCACUCAUGUUUACCUUGAUGUGCUUACGAUGAGCACAACGAGUGAAUGUGGUCGCCAUAAAAAAGAUUGCUACGAACAUGAUUUGGUGCAUCAUCUCGGUACGGCAUUGAAGAACUGGAAGAAUGCGACUCCUCAAUCAGACAAUGAGCAACGCGGCGAAUCGAUUUCAGCUAAUUCUGAGACGAAAAGGAUCGAAAAACGAAUCGUUCAUGCAGGCUCAUCAACCAUUCCUUCUGGGUGUGAUGCUCCAGGAGGAGGGUUGACUUACCCAAAAGAAUCAAAGUUUAUUUUUCAUUAUCAAAUACGGAAAACUGACGAUGAUCGUACUGUACUGGAUGAUACUCGCAAAUACGGUAAGACUAUGGAACUGUACUCUGGCAAGGAAUUUCAACUCGAUUUCUGGGAGCAUUGCCUUGGCACUAUGCUCCCUGGGGAGGUUGCUUCCUUCACCGUACCACCAGAGCGCUUGCUCAAUUUUGCAGUCGUGAACAAAAAGCUCCGCGAUUAUAUGCUAAAUAAGAGAGGAGCUGCUGUGAAACAUUGCUGUGGUUUGAUGAAUUUACGUGAACAAGGCGGUUUGGGGUAUGCAGAUUUGGACGAUUUUAUGUCGAAACCGGUUGAGCUGGAAUUCAUCUUCGAGUUAAUUAGGGUUGAUAUUCCAGGCACUACACGCAAAGAGACCUGGAUCAUGAAUCCAGAAGAAAAGGCUCAAGAAGUUCCAGUUCUGCGCGAAGAAGGUAAUCGGCUGUACGCUGAUAAAGAUUAUGAAAAUGCCUCUCUGAAAUACCAACAGGCACUGGGAUUGUUGGAACAGUUGAUUUUGCGUGAGAAACCCGGCGAACCUGAAUGGGAAAAGUUGGACAAGGCACGCGUCCCGUUUUUUGUUAAUCUUGCACAAUGCCAAUUCAAACUGAAGCAAUACUACGCCGUCAUCGAGAGUACAUCCGAGGCACUUUCUCGGGACCCUUCGAAUGCAAAAGCCUUAUUUCGUCGAGCUAAAGCUUAUGUAGAAACUUGGGACCUGGAUUUAGCCACCGAGGAUCUCAACCGGGUUGCCAUUUUGAUGCCCGAAAUGAAUGAUGCCGUCAAAGCGGAAUUGAGGGCCUUGGAGGCUAGACGGUCAGAACAACAGCUUAAGGAACGCAGAUUGUUAGCCGGGAAGUUGUCCAUACAUUCAUCUCUCUUUGGUGUUGAAAGCACUUCAGUUGAGAAAUAACACGUUUCUUUGAUUUUAUCCUUCAUUUUGCUGAACUUCGACACGGGCCAUUGCCCUGCAUUUUGUGUGCAAACUGCCCCUUCGAGCGGAUUGCUCACCGUACCAGUUUUCGUUCACUGUCCUUGCUUUUUAUUUCACUUAUUUCUUCACACAAUAAUUUGUUCCCAACACGCUCCACUACUUGGUUUGUUUUAUGCAAUUUCAGUGUUUUCGUGCUCAUUUAUUUUGGAAUCAUUCAAAAUUGUCUGUCCUUUUGAAAAGCAAAUGUAUAUUUUGGCGCCUUGUCCCCCUCAUCGCGGCUUACUACCUGUUAAGACGUGUUCACCAAACUGUUGAUUGCUAUAGCGAUGCUUCUCACCGCCAGUUUUCUGGGGGAAUAUUUUAUCCGAUUAAUCACACGACACAAAUGAAUACCGGGUGCUUUCACAUAUUUCUCUUUCUCUCAUGUAAUAGUUACUUGAUGUUUACUAGCCAUGUGAUCUUUUUCCAUGGUCAACAUGGAAUGAUUUUUCAGGUUUCCCCUUUUCCACCUUAUUGUAGAUCAUUUUAGAAUGCUUAGGCCUCGUUCAAC